UGCACCACACUACACAGCUACACCCAUUCUAAAAACAGCAGUGAUGCAACGUCGCGACAUCCACUUUUGUCUGUUAACUCAUACAACAAACAAGAAGAAUUAGUUCUCGGACUAAAAGCUUCUAAAGUCUAGGAAGUAGGCUAUAGGUCGUUUUAAACUUAGAAUAUAAUAAGAAGAAAAAUAACUGUAUAUCUAUAGAAAUGAAUUUGGCUGUGCUGUUGUUAAUGAAUUUAGCAUGUGCUGCGUUAGUCUGGGGUGUUUGUGACAAAGGGGAUUGUGUCCCUGGAACUUUCUUUAACACAACCAGCAACAUGUGUUGGCCGUGUGGACCAGAAGAAUGGUCAAACUACACAAUUCACAGAUGUGAGAGCUGCAAGAAAUGUUCCAGACCCGAAGAGAACGAGGAGGUUGUGGCUAAUUGCACAGCUGACAGAGAUACGGUAACAAAAUGUAAACCCGGCUACAAAAAGGAAAACGGCAAGUGUAAGCGAGAGAUGAGCAAAGGAUGGUCAACAACUCUUUCUCCUAAGUGGACAUUGAACACAACACCGGAAACUAUCUCAACAGCAAAAGAGCAGGAAAGUGGCAGUGAUGAUUUGUCUACGGGGAAGGUUGUUGGUAUAGUGGUAGGCUGUAUUGUUGGUGCUGGUGUUAUUCUUGGUGUAGUUAUUGCUGUGAUAUGCAGCAGGAGAAGACGGAACAACAGAAGUAGACAGCCCCAAGACAGACCACAAGAGUCUGACAACACUGCGAAAACACUUCUGUAGACGAAUUUUGGACAGCAAGUUCAGUAUUACAAAAUCUUGCCAACUAUAGCCUUCAUUGUAAAUAAUCAUUUAAAAAAUAAUUAAAACUUUUGACCAAAAAUAAGAAAUCUUAAACUAGCUUCAGGUGAUAUGGGAAAGUUUCUGCAGCGGUUUAGUGGAUUUUUAAGAAACUAUUAUAAUUUUAAAGUAAAUAGUUAUUAAUUUCAAAGAUAUUUAGUCAUUUUUAAAAAUAUUUAGUCAAUAUUCUUAACUUCAUAUUUUGUAUGUGCCAGUAAUAGAAUAUAAUUAAAUCGUUUGUUUGUCAAUGAUUUGAUUUGACAAUUUUACUUUUUUUUAUUUUUGCUGCUUAAUACAUAUUUGCCGAAAGAAAAUUGUCCACAAAACCUAUUUUAAAAAUUAUACUCACCUUUUCAAUAGCAAUAAUCCACAUUUGAUGUCGU